GCGCUGCAUGAUUCUCGUGCAAAACCCUCGCAAUUCAAAGAUACGAAAGCUCCGCACUUUGCCAAACUUUUUCCGAAGAUCGUCUUGUAGAAUUUUAUUUCGAGGCUUUAAUACAAUAGUACAUAGGUUUCGUACAACAGCAUAUGAUGCCUCUUCAACGGUUCCAGUUGAACCGCUCUCGGGCUCUAGAACAGUGGAGGACUUACACAAAAGUGUUUUGUGCAUGUAAAUGAUUUGAGGAAGUCGAAGUUUCCGGCACAGAUAAAGAAAAAUAAUCGUACUAGACUCCUUGACCUUGUUCUUUCUCAUCUGGUUGACGAAGGACGAAGGCGGCAAAAAAAAAAAUGAACCGAACCGGCAUGGGACCUAAAGCUUUGGCCGCCCGCUCAUGAUGUGUUAGAAUCUCAACUGUUACGAUGAAAUGCAGCGCGGGACCACUACCGUUUUGGAGACAGGAGCAUUUGUAGAGCAUUUUCCACACCGCUCUGAAUAAAAUUGACGAAGCUCGCCGUUCUCUAGUACUACGGCGUGAAGCACACCGGCACCGUAGCGCCAUGACCUCUCCCAAAAAUUCUACCCGGAAGUCUACCACGACGAAAUGGGUCCAGGAAAUCAACUGGUCCAUGCUGGCCACGUGGGUCACGCUUUUCACCACGGUGCUUUUCAACCUGCAGUUUCAGUUCAUCUACCGCAAUAUGCAGCAGGGGCCACUUUUCAACACCUUACUGACGGAGUACUCCGACCCGGUGAUACUCGACGCGCUCGACCUUCUGGAAGAUUUCCAAAAGGCGUCGGCCGGGGCGGUCGCCAAGGGUGCCGGGGUGGGGCUCGGGGGAUCGGGACUCAGUGAGAAAGGGGCGAACAGUAUCCAAGGAAAAAGCUGUAUUUAGUGUAGCUGUCUUGUUCAGGUGACAGCAUGACAAAUUCGUUCUGCAUGACCACAGAGAAAUCCUGUCAUGCACAGCUUGUAUGUGAAAACAUAAACAUCUUUGAAAAAAAAAAAAACAGGACAGUGUGGGUGGCAUGAGAAGUGUAACUGCUUAUACAUUUUCUGCAUCACAGACUUACACUUACAGAGUUUUCUUCUUGCAUAAACAGCUUCGGGACGGAAAACUGGCAAUACGCCUACGACUUAUGCGCAGAAAAAAGUGUUUUUACAGUUACGCAUUGUAUUGCGGGCCAAGCAUGACAGAAUUUUUCUGUCAUGCACAAAAUGCUUGCGCGCCUCGUUUCUUCUGUGUUUUCCCUUAUUAUCUCUCUUGUGCAUUCCACGGCAUUCAGAGAAAGUCUGUGUUGCUGAACUUACAACAAAUGCGUCACUGUAACUGUAUACACUUUUUUCUGGCCGCGAUAAGAUUUCCUGGAAUUGCAGUACAUAAACCACUACGCAUUGGUGCAAAUAGGUCUGGGUCUGGGAAGUAAUGGAGAUCUUGUCAGGCGUGCCUUGCAUGUUUUUUGCUGAAGAACCACUACCGCUAGUACCGCAUCAAAAGGUUUCCAGACCCAGAUCGGUAUUUGCACUGCAUAAUCACCCCCGAGGACGGGAGAUCGACCACGCAAGACGAAGGUUGAUCUCCUGGUACAGCAAGGUACAGAAGUUGAAGUUGUAAAUAAAUGCUAUUCAUUUUAAUAGUCACUCAGCAACUUCUCAUGCGGGCAAUGAAGCAGCUUUGCGUUGGUAUUUUGUCAUGCCAAAAAGUUUGCGAGUGUUUAUGUUCUGUUGAUGAUGUCAGUAUCAAAACAGGUACGGCUUUUCUUCGAGUUUGAUCUGCUGUCCUCGUCUUACCUGGGCGUCAUCCCGGGGGAACGGCGGACGCAGUUUUUUCUCUCCAUCGUGGAGCCUCUGGACACCCUCUCCCGCGCGAUCGACUUACGGCCGCCAAACCCAGUCUUCGAAUUUUUUCGCGAGCAGUACAACUUACCGAAGCGCGACAUCGAGCUGGAUUGGACCCGCGUACCGGCUUAUGCAAAGAAAAAACUGUUUCACUGUGAUGAUUUUGCAAGAUCUGCAUCACAAGUUUGUUACACACGACACUGAAAUUUUGUCAUGCGCACUUCCCAAGGGAAAACACGGUGGAAAAUCCAAUGCCUUGCAUGUAUAGCAAGACAAAUAGUUUUGUGCUUCAUUUUCUGCAUCACAGGUUCACAGUGAAGCAGUUUUUUCUCAGGAUACGGCGUAUGCAAAGAAGAAGAAGACGUUACAGUUCAUCGACGUCCACAUGAUUGUGUUGUAGAAGAUGAAAGCAAUAUUGCAAAGAAGUCCUGUCAUGCGGAGAAUGCAUUAUAUGUUUAUGCAAGUUUCUCUUGUCCUCCCGCAGAAGACCAAAUUUGUGUUGCUGAAUAUGCAAACAGAAUGUUUAACUGUAACAGCUUUUUUUUCCUUGGACGCCGCGAGUCUACAAUUUAAGAAGCAAGAACACGACGCGAAAAGGAGAAGUAGCAAAGCCCGGGGAGCAGAACAGGAGGGGGGAAAGGGCAAGGAAAAUCUCGUCUCACCCGCGGGUGGUCCUGCUGGAGCCGCGUCCGGGAAAAGUACUAGGGUAGCUUCGGAUGUAAACGAAGAUGCAGGGAAUUUGGAGAAAGAUCCGGUAAGAAGUACAGUAGACGGCGCAUCCUGGGCGCCCGCUGGAGCACGACCGGUAGAUGUUGAACCGGACCAACAAGGUCGGGGCGAGGGUAGUAGCGGUGCUCACGCAGAGCUGUGAAUCGAAGAUGAAGAAUUUCUCGGCGCAAAAAGAAAAACAAGCUAAGUAGAGCACCAUCUUCCAUCGCGGCGGCAAAAGCAAUUCGACGGUGGCCCAGGUUGAAAUGGUUUAUUUCAGGCGGGCCUUUCUUGCACUUAGUUGUAAGUACCACCCUCGGCCACUCCGGGCCAACUCCGACGUCGACAUUGUUUACUGUUGCUUCGUCGGACGACGAGUCCUUGUACAUCAAAGAAACCUCCAUCUACACCUGAAACAACUCCGCCAGCAACGCGUGGUCGACCAAAUAAGCUGCAUUUUUUGUGCAAUGAAAGAAGAUUGUUCCAUGUGUACUUCUUGAUGAUGCAAUGUUUCAUGCCGGGUCUAUUCCCAGCAGGGCAUAGAAAUCAGGCCGUCUAUUUGAAUUCAUCUCCGCAGAACAACUCCAUCUCUGCGCUUCCGCGGAAGAAAUACUAAAAUGAAUUGCAGCUGUUGUAGUCCUUCUUCGCGGCCGCGCAACCUUUUGGAAAAAGCGAACUACGCCCGGAAAUAAAUGAAUGAGAGCGCAACAAGAUGAUGAGAAAAAACUCGUUCUUAUUCCCCGUGUUGUGGGAAAGGACCCGG